GGCGACAAUUAAACUGUUUAACCGAAACAAUCAGAAUAGCGCUAGCCGAGAGAGGUAGAAUUUUUGCCCCGAAAGCAGAUUCAGAUACAUGUACAUGUAUACUUCUCAGCGGAGUUCUAGUGCCAUCACACAGUAGGCCUACUACAUCUACAAUGAGGAUUAUUAUGUAGCAUUGUUAUCAAGGCUUUGAGAGGUCGCAGCUUCAUGUGAUGAGCAGAAGUAAUCGGAUAGAUAGUAACAUGCAUUGAUCACCAAAACCCAGAUAUUAACAAGAGUUGUGCGAGAGUUGGAGACUGUGUUCUGGAGAAAGGAAGUGAUUUUCAUGCGUUCUGUGAUAGCAAGUGAAGUAGGAUCAGGCCUGUACCAUGGCCAAGGCGGGGGUGCGGAUCAGAGAUUAUGGAGGGGUUCAGGUUAAUCCUGAACCCAUUGUUAUAGAGGAACCUCAAGAUACAUUCCUAGAGGACUACAUAUCACCAACAAAACUGCGGGCUUUGACCGGAAUAGAAGAUCUUGAAGAUGUGAAAUUUCUGGAGAUGAGGGUGGACACCUCGGAAACAAGUCUUGGUAACUUUGGGGCAAUGUUACCUAAUCUGAAGCAACUAAAACUCAAUGACAGUCUGAUAGCAUCGGUGAGAGAUUUGGGUACUGCUCUGGAUAAUCUCUCUGUACUGUGGAUGUCUAGAUGCUGCCUGUGUGAUUUAGAUGGUCUUAGCUCUAUGUCCUCACUGAAGGAGUUAUAUCUUGCCUAUAAUGAUGUAUCAGACAUCAGUCCGUGCAGUAUGCUAGAAAACCUUCAGCUAUUAGACCUGGAAGGGAAUAAUGUAGAUGAUAUAGCCCAGGUUGAAUUUCUUGGACUCUGUAGUAAACUCCAAGCACUCUCAUUGGAGGGCAAUCCAGUGUGUUUAGCACCAAACAAAGAUUAUAACAAGAAUGAGAGCGGGCCGUUUAACUAUCGUCUCUCCGUCUGGAAAGCCGUCCCUCAGCUCAAAGUCCUAGAUGAUGAGGUCCUAGACACAGCUUCAACGUCGAUGUCAACGUCGAACCUCCAACCCAAGGCUCUGAAUUUAAGCACCGAUUGGUUGUUAGUGAAUGGUUCCAUCAAAGACGGGCUAGGAUCAGUUGAUAGCUUAGGUUCGGAUGGUGGUGGGGGGUCACGACCCAAGACGGCAGCACGGCCAGGGUCGGCAGCGGGUAGACGACCCGGGUCAGGCUCUGGACGACGACCUGGGUCAAGUAUGGGUCAUCGACCCAUGACCUCAGCGGGUGGACGACCAACAACUUCUGCUGAAAGACCCGAUACUGGAGGUUCAGACAUUGUUGCGGAUGGAGAUGAUACAAGCGAUCUGACGCAUGGCAGCGGAGGAGUUCUUUGUGGUAACCCGGUUAAAGCCUUGAGAAACAGGAGGAAAAAUGUGAAGAACCCAUUGGCACAACAGACCACUACAAUGUUUAUGUUAUUACAACACAAACCAGAGCAUACAUUUGAUGCAUUAGAUGAUGAUGACGACGAUGACGGCCGAUCAAAGGAAGACAUCUUUGAUGAGCUUAGAACAUGGAAAGCAGCUCAUGAAAAGAAAGUAAAGUUACGUCUUCAAGACCUCGAGCCUCAGGUCAUGAAGAUCACGCACAGCGAUGAGGAAGAGACCAACAACAACAUUCCAGGAACAUCAAGUAGUCAUGGCAACCAAGACGACGAUGAUUUAGACGAGGAGGAGGAUGUCGGUGUGUACAUUCCACCGACGCCCACAGAGUCGCCGACCGAAGAGAGGAUGCCGACCCCACCCAAAGGUCCAAGGUCGCCCAUCAGAGCUCCAGUCAGACCCAAGACUUCUAUUGGCGACUACAGAGUACGUCGCUUCCGUCAGCGUUCCAUCGACGAGUUUGAUUCUUCUGACGCUCCAAGACUGUCUCAGGAAUCUCGGUCCUCUUCUCUGGAUGACUCGGGUCACAUCAGUCCAGGAACUUUCCUUGGAUCCUUCCCGUCCUCCCCGGUCUUGGGGCGGAUAGAGGAUAGGCCUUACUCUGGUCCAGCCGUCGGGAUGAGGACUAUACCAGAGGCCAAACAUGUUGACAAGAAUGCUCCGAAGUCCAUCGACCCUCAUCAGCCAAUCAUCCGCUCUUCUGUGAACACGCCCCCGCAAAGGCUCAUGGGAAUGAUAUCAAGACCCGUCACGGCAAAGGCGGCACUCCAGCGACAGGCCCUGCCUAACAGGACUAAGAAUAAUCCGUAUACUAGUAUGUGAUCGAUGUAGAUAUUCUAGGACUAGUUUGUGAUCUACUAUACAGAUGGAUUAGUUUGAGCUGAUUGUAAAACACCCAGUCCUACAGUCCUAGAAAAGUUUAUUAUAGCAAGGCUUCUACCACUGACACGCACGUACAUGUACAUGUAGCUUGGUGCAUCAAGAUUGCCGAUGCCUUCUAUAAUAGAAUUUGAUUGUGACUUAUCUAGAGAGUUAGAUGGGCUUAUCUAUUCUAGCACUGACUUGAAAGUGCAUAGCAAGACCAGGACUACUUACUGGAAGAGCACUUCCCAGCAGAAAAACUGUUAUAUUCUAUACAACUAUGGGAUCUCCGCCUAGACUAGAUUUGCUGGUCUUGAUAACAGGGUAGCCCCCCUCAACCUUGUACCGUCUUGAGCGUGGAUAACAAGACUAGGACUGCUUUAUAGAAUGAUAAAUCACUUCCCAGCAAAGAUACUGUUAUCUUCUAGACAAGCAUAGAAUCUCCUAUACAAGGGUGGGAUCUCCAAGACUAAAUUUGCUGGUCUUUGGUGACAGAGUAGCCCCUCAACCUAGCACUGUCUUGAGAGUGAAUAGCAAGACUAUGACUACUUAGAAGGAUAAAUCACUCCCCAGCAGAGAUACUGUAAUCUCCUAUGCAAGUAUAGUAUCUCCUAUACAAGGAUGAGAUCUGCACUAGAUUUGCUGGCCUUUGAUGAUAGGGUGACCUCUCAACCUAGCGCCAUCUUGAGAGUGAAUAGCAAGAUUAGGACUACAUGGAAGGAUACAUCACUUUCCAUCAGAAAUACUGUUAUCUUCUUUCAAGUAUGGAUCUUCUAGACUAAUGGGAUAGAGCGAUAUGAUGAACUAAGUUAGAGUGAUGUUUAGUGGAGCUCAUCGUCCUAGUGCAGGUUCGAUUGUGAAUAGCAAGGCUUGGACCAAGAACAAGUUGGGACAGUAGCACUUCAGAGCAGGACCACUGAAUCUUGUACAGUAUGUCGUCUUUUAGUCCACAUGCAGAUGGGCUGGGUCUAUCAUAACAGUGUUGCUUGUCCUAAUGCAGACAAGAUUUGGACUACCUGCGGCCGCACUGUGGUUCAUGAGUUGUAGGGGAGGCGCGAUUGCUAAGUCGGUAGAUUGGGGGUUUCGUAUUCCGGUGACCCAGGUUUGAUUCUCAAUCGGUGCGCUAGUGCCCUUUCCUAAGGCAUUUAAAUCCUCAUUACCAGGUCCCUCGGAGAGAGGACCUUCAGCCGUCGGUCCUCCGGUUGCUUGCUUACAAGCAUUCAUGCUUUUUUAGCAAUCAGGUAAAAAAUCACUACCAUAUUAAACUAGAUUGGUACCUUACUAGUGCGGGAUGCCCACAGGUAAUGCACAGCAAGAUGGUAGUGAUGUGGGCCUUGCGUUUAGUUUAAUGAUGAAAUAAUGGCAUAUGCUAAAUUAAAAUGGCUCAUUUCCAAAAUCUGUGCUAAAAUCCAUUUUUCGUAAUGAAUUAACAAGGGGGGGGGGUUGAUAUUGUGUUUGAAGGUUAAUUGGAGUCUUGGUUUUGGUGCAUCAGUCACGAAUGCUGUGUCACCAAGUGUGACCAAAUUGAUUUUAUUUUACUUGUAGAUAGAUAUUUGCAUGAUGUGUGUGGUUGAUUAGUGGAAUACAUUCAGCCUUGGAGGCUACUGUGUGCCAUUGAUUCCAAUUAAAAAUAGGAAUAUUUUUGUGAAAAAAAACUCACUAGCUUUGUUCUGACAAUCACUUAUAGUUUAGACUGUUUUAAAAAGUAGAGAAAACAAUUUCCUUCUUUGACGUGGGCAGUGUUUCACAAUGCAUUAAGUCGUGGAUUUCCUUUGACCAAUUUACUCUCAGCCAAUGAGAUGAAGUGUUUAUUGUAGCUUUUAACAUUUGCCAGUGAAGAUCACUGAAGAAUUGUUUCAUGAAAACCUCCCUACUAGCAGAGCAAUCAUGGGAAUCACUUUCUUUGUGGUAGCAGAGCUAAUGCUACAUGUAGUAUUGACCAUAAAGACAUUGCUUAUGUAGUUAUUUGCAGUGUAUUAAAAAGCGGAGAUGUGAUAAAUGAUUUUUUUUGAGUGAAAGACGUAAGAUUUUAUCAUAACAUUUUAUCAUUCCUAUGGAAAGUGACUUUUGUAGAUACAUGUAGAAAACCUUAGAAAUUUGUAGGUAGUAAAGAAAAUUUGUUUAUUUUCAUGAUUCCAAAUGGAAUUUAUGGACAUCUUUCAUUAAUUAAUCUCUCAGAAUACCACUAUGUUUCUUCAUACUGUAAAUUAGUCAUACCCUUAAAGGACAAGUCCACCCCAACAAAAAGUUUAUUUUAAUAAAAAGAGAAAAUCCAACAAGCAAAACACUGAAAAUUUCCUCAAAAUUGGAUGUAAAAUAAGAAAGUUAUGGCCUGUUAAAGUUUCGCUUCAUUUCACAAAAAAGUUAUAUGCACAUCUCAGUCGGUAUGCAAAUGAAGGGACUGAUGACGUCAACCACUCACUAUUUCUUUUGUAUUCUACUAUAUGAAAUAUUCUGAUUUUCUCUCCCUUGCCAUGUGAAGUAGAUUUUUAUUCCUCCUUGAACAUGUGGAAUUAACAUUGUUUAACAUUAUGUGGUUGAGUCAUGUUUUACAUUAUUGUCAAUUCUAAAAAAUAAAUAAUGUAUAAUUCAAACAACAAAAACAAAGGAAAUAGUGAGUGAUGGACAUCAUCGACUCUCAUUUGCAUAUCACUGAGUUGUGCAUAUACAUUGUACAGUAACUGUUUUGAGAAAAAUAAGCAAAACUUUAAAAUGUCACAACUUUCUUAUACUACAUCCGAUUUUGAUGAAAUUUUCAGCAUUAUGCUUGUUAGAUUUUUCUUUAGUGAUUCAAAUCAACAUUUUUCUGGGGUGGACUUGACCUUUAAUGUGUAAAUUAGAGUGCCAUCACAUAUGAACUAUAUAAUGGACCAACAAAAACAGAUUUUGAAGAAUUGUGAUUCUUAUCCUGAUCAUAUCACUGCAUUUGUUUUUAUUAACCCUUCCAGUCACAAACAAGUUAAGCUUCUUUUGUGUUAAGAUUAUUUUUGAGGGCUAACCAAGAGUAACUACGUGAUUGAAUGUAAUUUUGUAAACCAUAGUAGCACAAUAUCAUUGAAGUGAGUGAGACUUUAAAAGACUGAAUAUUUUGUGAGAUCUUAAACAUAGGCAGCCUAUUAAAAAAAAAAAUCAUUGAUUUUGGUUUUUCUUAGGACAUUUCAUGAAAGCAGCGAUGGAAUGUAUCAAGUAAAGAUAAAUAAAAUUUGACUUUUAUCAUAUUUUCCCUAUUAUUACAGAAUAGCCAUUUAAACAUUGAUUUUCUUGACUACUGGGUGAUCAUAUUUCCCUCUGAAAGAAAAUUUCCGACAUUAGUUACUAUUACGCAGUGGGGCCCUGACAUGCAUUUUUCUUAUUCAAUAAUGCAAGCAAAGAUUAGUUAAAUCAGAACUGUAAUUGAAUACAUUGAGAACUGAGAUGCAUGUUAUUUUUUUAGAAAAGUUGAUGUGAAGAAUAUACUACCCUUGUUCAGCUAAAAUAAUCAUUUCAAAUCAUUUUGUCCGAUAGCAGGGACAAAAAAAUCACGCAGGGGCUUGGAGCUAAUUUACCCCCAAAAUGCCCCCGAGCAUCCUGGGAAACUAUAGAGAGCUCCAAGGCUCCGUAAAACAAAGGUUUGUGAUGAAUCGCAAAUAUGAAAGAACCGCACUGAUUGGUUCCUGGUCAGAAUUUUAAACCAACUCCGUGUGUAACAUUGAUAUUGAUUGGUCAGUUCAUUUAGCGAUUGAUCACUAAUCUUUGUGUUAAGGAGCCCUGGAGUUCUCCACAGUCCAAUGUAGACUGUAAUACCAUGUAGCCAAUUUCAGCAGAGUAGCCCUGGGGGCCAUUUCAUGAAGCUCUUCGUAAGUUAAGAGUGACUUUAAGAACGACUGGUGAUCCUUUCUUACGCGCUAAACCAUCGCCAAUGAACAUUUUGGUAUAUACUAUUUACCACAAGAAAUGAUCACCAGUCUUUCUUAAAGUCGCUCUUAACAUACGAACAGCUUUAUGAAACACCAACCAGGAAAGUUUGUUAAUAAUUUAUUGCCUUUCUGAUAGGGAUUGAAUACUGAUGAAAUACAUGUACUUUGUGCGAGUUACAUUGUGUAUUCAAGAAAUGUAUUCAAGAAAAGAAAAUGUAUUCUUGCCUUUUCUAGUCUAGUUCCGUCCAGAGUAGGUAAAUAGAGUAUCACACACCUUGAAUGUCUUUCAUUGAAUACCUGUAUAUAUGGAGAUAGAAUGAUGUCAGUUGGGGAAGUCAUCUUGCCUUAAAACUUUUUUUUUUGCAUCAGUAUUGUUUAUUUAUUGAUGGUAGCGGUUCUGACUCAACUUCAGAGGGUCGUACAGUAUGUUCAAAUCACAUCGUGGCAUGGCAUUCUUCGGUAAUGCGUCGAUCCACUCUUGGCCACUCUCCACCCAUUUGUUAUUUUUGGUACCGGGUAGGACGUGGAUGUCAUAGGCUUAGCAAGAAGAGCAUCAACUGCCCAUUGCUGGAAUACUCCCGAGGGACUGAUAAAGUGCAUACAUUAUAUGUGGGAAUGCCAGAAUCCAAUGAUUGGGUAAUAAUGUACCUGUAUAUUGCAUACAGACAUCAAUCCAUAAUGAUAAGUGCUGUGUAAAGUCGGAAUAUUAUCAUCAUUAUGACCUAACUUCUAACAUUAUUCUCUCUCCAUAUAUGAUUUCCUGCCUUAAUGUGUUAUCUUUGCCUUAAAAAUGAAUUAUUGCAUCAUUAUCAAUUGGACAGAAGUACUUAAAAAAUAACAAUUUUCAUGAAAAAGCAAUGUUCAUAGAUUUUUGCUCAUAGUUGAUAAUGACAGAAAUAACUUGCUAUUUGUGUGUGGAGUGUCUUAAGCAUUUUGAUGUGCCAAUUAUUACCGACAUGUGUGAUAAUGUAUUUAAGUACAUUAGUAACUUGUUUCUGUAACAUCUUCUUUCUUCCAUUUCCUCAUGUAUUAAUUAGCAAUAUACUUGUACAUGUAUAGGGUACUAUAUGGUGGCCGGAAGUGUUGUAUUUUCUCAUCUUAAGUUGUAAAAGUGAUUCUUACUUUUAUGGCAUUAUCUUUAAUUUGAUGAUCUUAAACCAGGGGGAUGUUUCACAAAGAUUUAAGUAUGACUUAGAGUUGCUUGUAUUAUAAAAGACAUGACUGCAUUGGUCAGAUCAUGCCAAAAGGACGUGCACUACUGCGUAUCAAUCAAUGAGAAUAUACGUUACAUUUUGUGUGUAUGUCAGUAUUUAAGCACGACUCUUGAGUCAAACGUAAAUCUUUAUGAUAAACCCCCCUGGUUAUAUAGAUUGAUCCCGUUUUAUCAUAUGUAAAGGAGAACACAAACCCCAUGGACAAUCAGUUUCCAAGAAAAUAAAAGGAUAUAAAGACCUGUAGAUACAUGUAGGUCAAAGUUUGAACAAAAUCAAACAAUAAUAUAUAAGUUUACACCUUUUAUAAUUGAUAAAAAUUGCAAUCACUAUAUCUUUUUCAAAUUAGCCACAUAUUCACAUAGCUCCCAUAGGGAGAUAGGGUUGGGACUGCUCGCCCCUUUGGCUCCAAUAAAUAAAAUUAACUAAAAUUACUUGAGCACUGUGCUUAGGUUUGUGUGCUCUAAUAAAAUUUGCAUUUAUAUUGUGAUCAAUAUUUUCUUGAAUAAUUGAUGGUGUUCUCAGGGGCUAGUCAAAAGGAAUUAAAUAGGAUAUUUUCUUCUAGAAAUAGGAUUUUUGAAACUUGUAAGAAUGAUGAUUGUUGGUAUGUUUCAAUUGUUUAAAGAAAUAUAGGAGUUUAGGCUUGAAAAUACUAAAUAGGAUAUAAAGAAAUUACAAAUAGGAUACACUCAUUAGUAGCCUCUGUUGAUUUCCAAUUUUCAGAUUAGUGUGUAUUGGUAAAUCUCUUUUUAGGCAAUAAACAUAAUUAACUACUUGUACAUUAAGGAUGCCAGUCAGUUUUGCUCAUGAGCAUGAAAAGAAACCAAAACAUGUUUGCUGUACAAUAGACUAGUAUAUAGCCCUUAAUAGCUUGAAGUGGGUAAUUAUCAAUGCUUGAAAUCAGGCACGAGCCUAAAUAGACAGACCAUAUGCUAGUACAUGUAGACUAAUUUCUAAUGAACCAAUUUUUUAUACACUGAUACUGAUAGUUCAAAAACAAAAACAUCUGUUGAUUUCAAGAAAUUGGUUUGAAUUUUCAGCGAAGACAACAAAUAAUUAUGAUGAAUUCAGAAUUUCAUGAAAUAUAUUUAUUCAAAAUACUAGUAAGGCAUUUCCAUCACCAACAAGAUAGUUUAUUUGCUAGUGGUAUUUUUUUUUACAGAUGAAUUUGAGGAUUUUCAAAUUGACCAAAACUUGAAUGUGUGAUUGAAAUCUGUAUAUUUGUAUGAUAUAAAUAAAUGUCAUCAAUGUCUAUCAUA